UCUUAUCAUUGGUCUCCAAGUACCAUCAAACCCUAUUAUUGAAUUGAAAGAGGGAGAGAGAGAGAGAGAGAGAGAUGGAUGCUAUGAGGAUGGAGGCAUUUCUAAGGGUUUGUGUGAUCUUGCUCUUACUCACCACUGCUUGUUUGGUUAGAUUUGAUUCCCAAACCAGCCUUAUUUUCCCUUCAUACUCUAGAACUGCUAGUUUCAGAGACAUGAACGCUCUUUUUGUGUUGGUGUUCAUAGACAUAGCAGCUGCAGGAUAUAAUGUGAUUCAACUUGUGAUUAGAUGUAUGCUGAUUUCCUCACCUCAGAAACAAGAUAUGAGGGGUUCAUACAAGCAUCUUGCUUGGUUCUCUUUCUUGUUAGACCAGGCGGUCGUCUACAUGAUUUUCGCAGCAAACUCAGCAUCUCUCCUGGCCUCUGUAUACGCACUCAACGGUGAACAUCAUUUGUUUUGGAUGAAAUUAUGCAGCAAGUUCAACCGAUUUUGCACUCAGAUCGGUGGUGCCUUACUUUGCAGCUACGUUGCAUUCCUCCUGAUGGCUGUCGUAUCGUUCCUUUCGGCUUAUGGUCUAUUUAGACACUAUUCACCCAAAACUUUCCUUGUUUUAAAGUAAAAAAAAAAAAAAAAAGAACAAGAACAAUAUUGUAUGUUACAGAUUUGUUUUUAUUUUAUAUUCUAGAGAUAAUCAUAUAUAUAGUUUAAAUAAUGUAAUCGCGGUUAGUGUUACCUAUGAAGGCUGUGGUUCAUGGUUAACUUGUGGUCAAUUUCCAUACAACAGAAGUACAACAUAGAAGAUCAUUUAAAGCAUGGUGCCGUCCAUUAGAUGUUCAGGAAGUAAUGGGUUGGUGGGGUGGUACCUAAAAAUUAAUGAUCAACUUGUCUUCUAAAUCUUAUUGACCGUUUACUUUU